AGAUGUAUUUUUGUUGUUGUGUAAAGCCACCACUGGGAAACAAGAGAACGACCCGGAAGAAGUUAGUGCAAAAAUGUGAUACUGCGAGACCGAGGUCAGAAAUUCUCUCUCACAACCAUCUUGGAUAUAGAAUCCUAACUCGACACAAGCAUGCCUGGUGAAGCUACAGAGACUGUCCCGGUCACUGAGCAGGAGAUGCAGCAGCCACAAGUUGAGACUGCCGUUCCCUCUGCCCCUGCAAGUGUGGCUACCUCCCAGGAACCCCAGGCUGCUUCUGGCCCUGCCAAGCCCAAAGGCAAAGAGGCCAAGGGUGGCUCUACCCCAAAGGCUGUCCCUGGCAGAAGAAAAAAGUCCUCGAUGUCUGCCUCCUCCUCUUCUCCUACCUCCCCAAAGCCAACCUCCUCAACACCCCGUUCCCCCUUAGCUACCUCACCUGGGGCGUCUGGAGCUCCCAGCCAGGGCAACCGUGCUGUCCCAAAGGUUGUAAAGGCUGGCAAACAAGGAAAGGCUAAGAAAGGAGAGGCUUUCAAGCCUGCUGCUGAUCUGCCAGCCCCAGCCAAGGCUCCUGCCCCCACAGAGGCCAAACCGGUUCCUAUUGAGGUUAAAGCUGCUCCUGCACCAGUACUGGCCAUGCCAGCACCUGUUGCUGCAGAUCCUGCACCUGCCUCACCCAUCUCUCCCAAGCCUGAGGCCUUCAAAGUGACUUCAAAGCCUGCUGUAUCAGCCCCUAUGUCAUUUGCUGACGCUGUUGCCUCUAGCCCACAUAAAGCUGCCCCUGAAAUGCCCAAGGCCAAGCCUAAGCCUGUGCCCAAAGCUGAGGUGAAAGAGGUCAAGGCAGCCCCUGCACCAGCUAAGCCUGCUCUGGAGGAUGAUGACCUUCCACCUCUCAUUCCACCAGAGGAGCCAGUAAAGAUGCCAGUCUUCUCACCCCCUACAGUAGUAGAGGCUCCUAAGCCUGCCCCAGUUGCUUCUCCAGCUCCCCCUAAACCAGCUCCAGUUGAGCCCGUUGUAGCUGCAUCAGCUCCGCCCAGGCCUGCGCCAACUAAGCCCGUUGUAGCUACACCAGCUCCGCCCAAGCCUGCGCCAACUGAGCCCGUUGUAGCUACACCAGCUCCGCCCAAGCCUGCGCCAAUUGAGCCCGUUGUAGCUGCACCAGCUCCACCCAAGCCUGUGCCAACUAAGCCCGUUGUAGCUGCACCAGCUCCGCUCAAGCCUGUGCCAACUAAGCCCGUUGUAGCUACACCAGCUCCGCCCAAGCCUGCGCCAAUUGAGCCUGUUGUAGCUACACCAGCUCCGCCCAAGCCUGCGCCAAUUGAGCCCGUUGUAGCUACACCAGCUCCGCCCAAGCCUGCGCCAAUUGAGCCCGUUGUAGCUGCACCGGCUCCACCCAAGCCUGCGCCAAUUGAGCCCGUUGUAGCUACACCAGCUCCGCCCAAGCCUGCGCCAAUUGAGCCCGUUGUAGCUGCACCGGCUCCACCCAAGCCUGCGCCAAUUGAGCCCGUUGUAGCUGCACCGGCUCCACCCAAGCCUGCGCCAAUUGAGCCCGUUGUAGCUACACCAGCUCUGCCUAAGCCUGCGCCAACUAAGCCCGUUGUAGCUACACCAGCUCCGCCCAAGCCUGCGCCAAUUGAGCCCGUUGUAGCUGCACCAGCUCCACCCAAGCCUGCGCCAAUUGAGCCCGUUGUAGCUUCCCCUAAGCCUGUUGAAGUAGCCGUUGUACCACCUCCAGUUUCAAAACCUGCCCCCACCCCUGCUAAAACCCCAACCAUACCGGAGCCUGUGACCAAGAAUGAGGGGUCUGGCACUGAAUCGGACAGCGACGAGUCUGUACCAGAUCUGGAGGAACAGGACUCCGCACAGACACAGCAUGCACAGCUUGCAGCUGCUGCAGAAAUAGAUGAGGAACCCGUUAGCAAAGCCAAACAGAGCCGUAGUGAAAAGAAGGCACGAAAGGCAAUGUCUAAGCUGGGUCUCAGGCAGGUGACGGGAGUCACCAGGGUUACCAUUCGCAAGUCUAAGAACAUCCUAUUCGUCAUCACCAAACCAGAUGUCUACAAGAGCCCUGCAUCAGACACUUACAUUGUCUUUGGUGAGGCUAAGAUCGAGGAUCUCUCACAGCAAGCCCAGUUAGCAGCGGCAGAGAAGUUCAAGGUACAGGGAGAAGCUGUGUCGAACAUCCAGGAAAACACACAGACGCCCACCGUACAGGAGGAGAGCGAAGAGGAAGAGGUUGACGAGACCGGGGUCGAGGUGAAGGACAUUGAACUUGUGAUGUCACAAGCCAACGUGUCGCGAGCGAAGGCCGUACGCGCCUUGAAAAACAACAACAACGACAUUGUCAACGCAAUUAUGGAAUUGACGAUGUAGGCUGCUGGAGUCGAAGGGGUUCUGAAAGGUUGCUGAUUUUAAUCUAUCGUUGGUACAAUUUCUACCCAAGAUGGAAAUAAAGUUGUGGCUUGGUAAAUCGA